UUCAAACCAAAUUUUAAAAUAAUUUAGUUACUGCGCUAAGGUCAUGCUUUGAUGCUCCGGACUAGAAGAUAAGGAAAGGAGGUAACUAGAAGUGUCUGUCUGAGUAUAGAACAUGAACAUAAGUUGAUACACUUGAAGAUAAUUCAUUAAAACAUGUUGAUGCUCUCAACAUCUUCUCUUCAACUUAAGCCUUAUAGAAGUAUAUCAGCAUUCACGGCUAUUGGUGAAUCUUCUUUUCGAACUAAUCUUCUAGUGCAGUGCUGCUUGAUUCCCAACUUAAGAGAACAUAAAGGACAUCAGUUGCAACACAAUGAGAAUUUUAAGCGGAGAAGACUCCUUAUCUUUCUGUUCUCAGUAGGAUUAUCUCCAACUUUGCCUUCUUUUGGGAAAACAAAGGUUAAAAGCCCAUUUGAUGAAAAGCGCAUAGUUGAACAGAACAAGCGAAUACAGAGAGAAAACAAUGCACCUGAUGACUUCCCAAGUUUUAUCAGAGAAGGAUUCGAGGUCAAAGUAGUUGCACCCGAUAACUAUGUUAAGAGUGAAUCAGGGCUUAUAUUCAAAGAUUUUGAAGUUGGAAUGGGUGAUCACCCCAAGGAUGGUCAACAGGUGAUUUUUCAUUAUAUUGGUUACAAUGAGUCAGGCAGGCGUAUUGACAGCACCUAUAUACAGGGUGCUCCUGCCAAAGUUCGGUUGGGAACAAAUGGAUUAGUUCCAGGAUUCGAACAAGGAAUUAUAGACAUGAGACCUGGAGGAAAAAGGAGGAUUAUUAUUCCUCCAGAACUUGGACCGCCUGUUGGACCUUCCACUUUUUUCAGCUCAAAACAAUUUGAAGUUUUUGACGUGGAAUUAAUUAGCGUGCAAGACUGUCAGAGACGGACAAUUGGAUUUUAUUCAGACGUUGUCUGUACUUGAAAGAGGGGCGAUUCAGAAUUAGCGUGAAGAAUAUGUUCUGAAUGUCAUACUACACCGUGCUGGAAAUAUGUUCGCUUAACUGAAAUAUGAGUGCUGAUAUGAAGUAAUAGUAGCAGUUGCAGAUUGCCGGUGUGAAGUUUCAUGUAAGUCUACGGAAAAAACCCUCUUAUAUAUGUAAAACUGCAAUUACAUUCAAUGUAUCUGUUAUAUAAAAUGGAGAACAUGCAGCUAUCAAAUUUUGUAAUUUAGCUGGAAGAAUUGUAUGUUUAGCAAAUUACAAUUCAAUGCUAAAGUUAUUAAAUAUA